GCGAGUGUUAUUAAUAAUAACUUAUAACAUUGUUAAGGCCAAAAUUUAUUCAAGGUGUUUGUUUAUAACGUCUUACACAUUUGGUUUGGUUUGGUUUAACUGUUAACUUUUAUCUCGCGAUUUAAAAUGGCGUACCUAGUAACCAGCGUGAUAGACAAAUACCAUGAUAUCCUGGAAAACAAAAGUGAUCCUAGGGUAAAUGGAUGGGCCAUGAUGUCGAGUCCGUUGCCAACUUUGUUCAUAUGUUUAUUCUACGCCUACUUUUCCAAAGUGAUAGGACCAAAACUGAUGGAAAACAGAAAACCGUUCAGUCUUAGGAGAAUUUUGAUUGGAUAUAAUGCUAUACAAACGAUUUUUAGCGCUUGGAUAUUUUAUGAGUACAUGAUGAGCGGAUGGUGGGGUAAUUACAGCUUCAGAUGCCAACCAGUAGACUACAGCAACGACCCCAUUGCAAUGAGGAUGGCAAGGACAUGCUGGUGGUACUAUUUUUCCAAGUUCACGGAAUUCUUCGACACUUUGUUUUUCAUCUUGAGAAAAAAGAACAGCCACGUGUCUACUUUGCACGUCAUUCACCACGGCUGCAUGCCUUUCUCGGUUUGGAUGGGGAUGAAGUUUGCUCCAGGUGGUCACAGUACCUUCUUCGCCUUGCUCAACACUUUUGUGCACAUCGUCAUGUAUUUCUAUUACAUGGUUGCCGCAAUGGGUCCACAAUACCAAAAAUUCAUUUGGUGGAAAAAAUACCUCACCUCUUUCCAAAUGUUGCAAUUCGUCGCUAUUUUCGCUCACCAGUUCCAACUCCUCUUCACUGAAUGCAACUACCCCAAAAGCUUUAUGAUUUGGAUUGCGUUGCACGGCGUCAUGUUUUUAUUCCUCUUUAGCGAUUUUUAUAAAGUCAAAUAUACCAACGACAAAAAGACUGUGAAGGCUAACAACAACGCUGGAGCUUGUAUGCCUGUUCUCGAAGACGACGAGAAGAAGUCCUACAGCAACGGUAGUCUGAAAAACACUUACAUUUCGAGCGAGUACAGCGACUCGUACAAAGCGUGCUAUUCGAAUGGAAGCACGAAGGGCUUCGUCACGCAAACCAUAGUAAAGGACAACAUCAAAAAAAUUGAAUAGACAGACAAUCGUGUAGUUUGUUAGCUAGAAGAAAUGCGCCAAGUUUUGCCGGCGAAGCGACCCCUAGCGGCAGCAAUAACACGUACGAAAACGGUCGGGCGGUUUUUCGACUGGCAAAGCAUGGAUGUCGAAAUUUUUUGUAUUUACGUACCUAGGUUAUUAUUUAUUUUAUAUAUUUUUUAAAUCAUAUAAUGCCGGUUACGAACAUUUUUUUACUCAGGGGCAUAGCUGUUUACAGUCAUUAUUUCUAUUUAUUUCUAAUAAAAAAAUGUUUAAAAAUUACGAAAUUCGACCGGUGAUUUAUUUGAAAAUCAAACUGUAUAUUUUUAUUUUUCCCAUCAAUAAAAAUAAGAAGGUAUUGGUGUACAAUCAUUUAUUUUGGAAGCUGUUUUUAGCUUACGGGACCAUUUAUGUCUCAUUUCGCUUCAAAAUGCACUUUUUGAUUAAUUUUUUUGUCAACCGUUAGUGCCUAGAGAAUCACAUAUACCUAAGAUGGAAAUUUUUCUAUAUUUUUUACAUUUAAAGUUUUAUUGUUAUAAAUAAAAAAUAUAAUCUACUUAACGUUUAUUUUUUACUUUUUAUAUCUAACAAUGUUAUGUGAUAAUACCUAAAUUAUCAUUAUUUUUACUUAUAGACACGAGGUUGCUAAACAGUAGGUAAUCUCGAUAAAAUACUAAAUAAAUGAGAAAAUUUAUUAAUUAGAACCAAAUAUUGAAAAUUUUAAUAAUUUUGCCCAAUAGUGAUACAUUCAAUUUACAUAGCUUUACUUUUAUUGUAUGUAAAUCUAAUUUUCUAUCUUAAGUUUAACGGUGUUGUUUUUAUAACAAUUUUAUUGAUGUUGAUAUUUGUUAGUACAUUAUGUAUGUGAAGCACAUUUAUUUUAUUUUUAUACUCUAUAAAAAAGUAUCAAUCCAAGAUUUUAUAUUAUAUAUUAUAAUUAUUAUAAUAUAUUUCUUGGAUUUGCAUUUAAAAUAAAUAUUUUGAUAUUCUCCCAUUUAUAACAUAAACUUGAGGUGGUUAAUUUUUAUAGCUUGGCUCUCUACCUUUCAAAGUUAACGGUUUUUGAUUUAAUUAAAUUUGUAUGCUAUAUGUAGAUGUUAAAUUGUAUAUAUUUGUUGUUAAGAUUUUAGGUUAAAGUGUAUAGUAUUUUUGUAAAUAAACCAUCCAAAACUAAAUAAAAACCUGCA